AUUCUGCUGGGCCACCACUGCCAGGUAAGAAGCCAGCUUUCAGUUCAAAACCAUCAACAGAGCCAUUAUCAUUACAGCUGACACAACCGCAAGAUCCAUUGCUGAUGACAACUGGAACAAAACCAGAAGGAGGCAAUGUUUUAAGUGACAUUGAUUUCAUGCUGCAAGGUCUGACAGAUGAACUAGAUGCUAUGUUGGAAAAUGAAAUUAGCUGA